AUGACGCGGCUGUCGCCGUCCGGCGUCCCCGUUGUUGCGACCCCGCGUCCCCUGCCGGCCUCGUCGCUCAGGAAAGCUCGUGGCUCGGCCUGCUCUCCGUGCUGUCCAGGCCCGCCCUCUCCUUCCUCUCCAGAUAUCUUCCGGGCCUCGGCGGGGGGGAAGCGCCGGCCCGGGACCAGGGCGAUCUUCUGCGCCGGCUGGACGCCGCCGAGUCCACGUCGGCCUGGCGGCCCGCCGAUCGCCGUCUGCGCCAGUUGGCCUUCGACGUCCCCCCGCCGGAGCCCGGCCAGAACCCGGAGGCAGUCUCCUUCCGGAUCCGUCGUCGCUCGGGACACGAGGAGCUCCGGGAAGGACGGGACGAGCGCUCGGUGGGGAGACCCGCCGUCGGCGCGUCCGUCAGGCGCCGCCGGCCCCGGUUCUGCUGACUCGGGAUGGGCGCGCGUGCUACUUUGUUCCCCGCAAAGGUCAAAGUUGACAAUAGAGCGGCAGCGAAGUGUUUUGUUCCCCGGCGACCCGACGGGAGAAAGCGCCGGAGCGAACGUCGACGGAGGCCCGCGCGGCGUCCGGAACCUCCGGGCCGGCUCCCGCCCGCCGCUGACGCCCGACCAGGACAACGGCUACUACAGCCUGGAGGAGGAGCACGGCCUCAAAGGUCACAAGGGUCACGUCGGGGCGCUCUGCGACACGCGCGAAAAGCCUCUGGACCGUGGGAUACGGGACGGACUCUCUGAAAAGAUGGCGGACGGUCGCGCGACAGAGGAUGCGGUCCCUGACGAGACGGCGGCUCACUCUGCGCCCGACGAGGUGGAGACGGCGGCUCACGUGAUGCGCGAGGAGACGACGCCCGCGGAGACGGCGGGCCACGAGACGGCGGCGGCCCACGCGACCCGGGACAGACCCCCCGACGCGACGGUGCCGCCGCAGUGCCGUAACGUCAGCAUCGCCUUCAUCAUGGGCUGCCCGUGCAGCGACGACGACAGCCAAUCGGACGCCGACUCCGUCCGCGCCGACGACGGCUUCGACAGUUCGGCCUUGUCGGACCUCUCGUCCGUUUUGUCGUCGUCCGACGAGGAAGGCGACGACGCAGACGAAGAGACGGCGCGUCUGUUGGCGUCGCUGAAUCGCCGCAACGACCCCUACAACCCUCAAAACUUCAGCGCCCGCCUACGCACGGGCCACGCGCCACCCGCUCUCAGCCCCCCUGCCUCGUCCCCGCCCCCCUCGGGUCGGGACGCGAGGGCCGACUCCGGCGGAGAGGCGGACGAGGUCGAAAGCCUCCUGGCACUGGCGUCGUUGACCCCGCGCGACCCCUACAGUUUGCUCAACUUCCGGGCACCGCUCUGCACCGGAAAAGCGCCGGCCGCGACGCCCCCGCGGUCCGGCCGCCCGCCACGGACUGGACGGCGGCUUCUCGCAACCUUUCACCUCUGCCAAAAAGGUCCGUUUCAGCGACGUGGUGGAGGAGUUUGUGAUCGCGCGGAGCGACGACGGCGGCGAGGCGGAGGACCGCCGGGGGCCGUGGGAGGAGCUGGCCCGCGACCGCGGCCGUUUCCUGCGGCGCUGCCGGGAGGCGGAGCUCAGCCUGGCGUACUGCCUGCAGCCCGAACAUCGGCGCCGGGCGUACCGACGCGUCCGCGGCCACGCCGACGAGGCUCCGUCUCCUCCUCCAAACGAACUCUGACGUUUGACGCCAAACUAAACGGCGCUUUAUUCGGAAUUUUGUGUUCGUGAGGGUCCCGCACGAUCUUUGUUCCGAUUGAUUGAUCACGUGGCCGCUGGUCACGUGACACAUGCUCAAAAGUAUUCAGACGCUUUACGGACACAUUGUGUCACACGUGCCAUCGGACAUUUUCAAUUUGACGCUAAUAAAGGAGGCGAACCCUAACCCGGCCGAACGUAUUGACGAGAUCGCGACAAUCGGCCGAACGGCGUUGAGACGUUUGAUUGGCUGUCAGACGGGAAGUCGAGAAGGACUCGCAACGAGUGUGGGCUGUAUUUUCAACACAAAAUGCUUUUAUUUUUGUAGGGCAUGCGAUGACUUCCUGUUGUUUGCUCACGUGAUCAAUAAAUCAGUCAACUGGU